AAAAUUAAAAUCCUGUCCCUGGAAUCCCUGGAUGCAUAAAAAUUAAAAAAAAAACUGUACAGGUUUUCAGUGAAUAGUGUUGUGAAAAUGAAUGGAUGCAGUACCAGAAAAUGAAAUGAAGGGGAGUGUUUUUGGAACACCGAAAAUACCUGUGAUAUUAGGAAAGAUAGUUUUGGGGUUGAUUUUCACAAAAUCGGACCUCACAUACUUCACCAACCGAUUUGUGUGGUACGCGUGCCAACUGCGACUGCAAUCCUCGAUGGACAGCAGCGUAGAUUUCUUCGAGAGCCUCAUCAACGAAGAUGGCAGAUUCGCGGAGGUGAACAACAACUGUCAAGAACCGUCGCAGCGCCGGCAACGUCCACGGCCACGGCUGCUGGUUGAAGCGGAAAACAUUAAUAAUGGAGGCCAGUCAUUAUCUCCACCACACAGCCAGACUAUCUCGCAGCGCGAGACUGGCACCCAGGUGUCUCAGUGCUACAGCGGGCCGCCGUCGCCCUGCGGGUCGUCGAGCUCGGUGCCGUCGCCCGCGGCCAGCCCCGCGCCGCCGCCGGGCGCCGCCACGCUGGACCCCAACUGGCAAGCCACCAAGCCCACCAUAAGGGAGCGGAAUGCCGCUAUGUUCAAUAAUCAACUGAUGGCUGAUAUCACAUUUGUUGUUGGAAGCCCCGGCCACACACAAGUGAUCCCAGCACACAAGUAUGUUCUAGCGACGGGCAGUUCAGUGUUCUAUGCUAUGUUCUAUGGAGGUUUGGCAGAAUGCAAACAAGAAAUUGAGGUUCCAGAUGUCGAGCCAUCAGCUUUCCUAACAUUAUUGAAGUAUUUAUACUGUGAUGAAAUCCAGCUAGAAGCAGACACAGUGUUAUCAACACUAUAUGUUGCUAAAAAGUACAUAGUGCCUCAUCUAGCAAGGGCCUGUGUCAAUUACCUGGAGACAAGUCUCACAGCAAAAAACGCUUGUCUCCUUCUUAGCCAGUCCAGGCUCUUCGAAGAGCCAGAACUCAUGCAGAGGUGUUGGGAAGUGAUCGACGCCCAGGCUGAGAUGGCCCUGACGUCAGAAGGAUUUGUUGACAUUGAUAUAUCGACCCUGGAGUCUGUACUAGCAAGAGAAACUCUGAAUUGCAAAGAAAUAAAUCUGUUUGAGGCAGCUUUAGCAUGGGCCCAAGCAGAAUGUUCUAGAAAAGAAAUCGAGUCGACACCAAGCAACAAACGAGCAAUGCUUGGAAACGCUAUAUACUUGAUCAGAUUCCCUACGAUGUCAUUGGAAGAGUUUGCCAACAGCGCUGCUCAGAUAGGAAUACUCACACCGCAAGAGACUAUAGAUAUAUUUCUGCAUUUCACCGCGUGCGCCAAACCCCCACUGUGCUACCCCAUCAAGUCGCGAGCUGGACUCAAGUCUCAGAUAUGUCACAGGUUUCAAUCCUGCGCUUAUAGAAGCAAUCAGUGGCGAUAUCGCGGCAGAUGCGAUUCCAUACAGUUUUGCGUAGACAAGCGAAUAUUCGUUGUUGGCUUUGGACUGUACGGAUCUUCGAACGGUGCUGCGGAUUACAACGUGAAGAUCGAGCUGAAGCGCUUAGGCAGAGUCUUGGCGGAAAACAAUACGAAGUUCUUCUCAGAUGGGUCAAGUAACACAUUCCAUGUUUACUUUGAGAACCCAAUACAGAUUGAACCGGAAUACUUUUACACAGCCUCGGCUAUCCUAGAUGGAAGCGAGCUGAGUUACUUUGGACAAGAAGGACUGAGUGAAGUCUACAUGGGGACUGUGACUUUCCAAUUCCACUGUUCUUCGGAGAGUACUAACGGGACAGGAGUGCAAGGGGGACAGAUACCUGAACUGAUCUAUUACGGACCCACGAUGAGCGGCACCGGGAGCGAGGAAUGACAAUUAAUGCAAAGGCCGCGUCCGCUCAAGUACAUGUCUGUGUAAAUGGUGGACACUCCGACCUACAUGGAGUUUGACCUAAAGUUUCAUUAGGCCUUGCAUUUUUCGGAUUGUUAUAACAUUUUAAGUUAUGAAUGAAGAUUUAAAAAAAGCCGUUACUGGUGUAUGAAAAAAAAUCUAGGUCAUUUGAAAAAUUAGGUCAAAGAAUUUUAGGUUAACUAGGAACUCUGGCUUGACAUGUAUUGAGAGACGUAACCUCACUAUAAUCGGGAAAACGUUCAAUAUUUAUGAUACUUAACAUUCCCAAAAUGUUAUUGUUUCGUUGAGAAUAUAAAAUGACUUGUAUAUUGUUGAAUUACAUAGACAUAAGGGAACCUAAGAAUGUGAUAUGGAUGUCGUACGCUCUCUAUAAAAUGCUUAAAGUAGAAAUGAUCCAUAACACAAAUUUAAUGCAAUAUAUUACAUAUUACAAUUAAUAUUUAUGCUGUUCUUUAAUUUUUAAUUCCGUAGCAUUAGCGAUUUAGAAAUUACAGUAUGUGUUGUUCAGAUUAUAAAACAUUAUGUGUAAAUAUAUUAUAUUGGAAACUAAAGGA